AUGCCACCAGUGCAGCCGAUGCCUCCUCUCCCUCAUCUUCUUCGUCAUCCGCUUCCCCAAGCCGAGACAGCACAUAACCCUUUUCACUUUGCUUUUCGGCGAGUGGUAGCCGUUGAGGGGGACGAGAUUGUGCCAUCUCGGCCGUCGGAUGAGCCGUUUUGGAUAGAGGACCAUUUUUGGUUGCUCGCAGACAAUCCAGACGUUCCUGCGAAGGUGAACUCAAUGCUUCCACGUUUCGUCUUCCCAUGA